UGAGCAUGAGGAUUCCGGAGCUGCCGUAGCUGGAGCAAUGUACCACCACCACCGGGAUCGCGAUGAGGAGGCCGGAUUGGGCGAGGAUGUCGGGACCGAGGACAUUGGAGCCCCGGAGACGCUCAUCGAGGAGCCGCUGGAAGGUGAGACAAUUGCUAGGAAGGAUGUUGAGGUCCGGGACGGUAGCAGGAUUGUGGUGCAGCGCUUGGGCAGCAUUCCGUCCUUUGGCCGGGAAAUUCCGGUCGUUCGGAUUGUCUCCAGCGAGCACGAGCAGCAGCCCUCGACGUCUUCCUCGCUUCCCAGCAGUGAUGUAGAGAGCCAGGUGGAGGAUUCUGGCAGGAAUGCCGAGGGAGGAGAGACUUUGGCAAGCUCUAGUGGUGUCUACCGGGAGGAUGAUGAGAAAACGAGCACCAGCGCCGCCACCAUCAGGGAGGAAGCUGAGUUGUCUGGGGCAGAUACGAGGACUAGUACUGCGGCUUUCAAGAGGCCGGAGAUCUCCGAUCUAAAGUUACCAUCUUCUCCGCAUCCCACCAUCUUGGAGAAAGUACCGUCAAGGAAUGCUGAAGAGAGCGAAGAUGAGAGUGAAGGAGAGGAGGCCGCUGAUCAGGAGGUGAACAACCUCUUGACGAGUCCGCUGGCCGGGACUGUUUUGAGCAAAACCAAGGCACGCCUUCAAGAGCCUCCGCCGAUAACUCCGGCCGUCAAGGACCAAAUCGCCGACUCUCUCCAUCUCAAGCGAGCUGCGACAACGUUAACUCCAUCGUCCGAGGCUCACGCGGCUCCUCUUCCGGAUCACCACCACCAGCAGCAGCAGCAGCAGCAGCAACAGCAGCAGCAAGGCUCCACGACUCCCGGGUCUUUUAAGCAGCCAAGCACUCCGCUUGCGAAGCAGCCGAGCCUUCAAGCCAACCCAGACGAUGACGAUCCUUUGGAGGAUACAAUUAUUCCAGAGUACAAGGAGAAGCUGAAGAAGGAUGAGAGUUUUUUUUGGGUGGUCUGCCAGUGGGUUUGCUUCGUGCUCCUGGUGACGCUGCUGAUAUGCUCCGUGAACAUCAAAGUUGUCAGGGAUAUCACUUGGUUGGGUGACAAUAUCUGGAGAUGGCAGGCUGUUGCUCUUGUCAUAUUUUCUGGAAGGUUGAUUGCCGGAUGGGUUGUACAGGCGUUCGUGCUUCUAAUAGAAAAACGCUUUCUCCUCAGAAAACGUGUACUUUACUUUGUCUAUGGCUUACGAAAGUCCGUGAAAAACUGUAUCUGGCUGGCACUUGUCAUCACGAUCUGGGAAACGGUGUUCAUAGAGCGCGACUCCAAAGCAUUGCGCGUGAUCACAAGGAUACUCUGGUGCAUUUUUACUAUUUGCCUGUCCUGGAUGAUCAAAGUUUUGGCUGUCAAAGUGGCAGCCAAUGGAUUUCACCGAUCAGCAUACUUUGAGAGGAUUCAGGAGUGCUUGUUCAACCAGUACUUGCUGGCUACACUAUCGUCGCCACCUACAAUGCAAAUCACCGCCGAUCCCACUGGAGGAGAGGAGUUAAUAACUUCCAGAUAUAAUCCUCAGUCGCCCAACAAGAUGCGCAGGCUGAUGACCAGGAUUCCGUCUGGUCAGGAAGCCACUGUUGGAGAAGGGUCGCCCAGACUCCAGGCUCCUAUUAUUGCGAGGAGCGCUAAUCCCAUCGAACAAGAUAAGUUGCAACAGCUGACUUCCGAGAAUGUAUCCGCCUGGACAUUAAAGAGUCUAAUGAAGCUUAUCCGGAAGAAAAAUCUCGCAAGUUACUCCGCACAGUUUGCCAAAAAUGAAGGCGAGUGGGAGAUCGACAGUGAAGUACGAGCUAAAGCUGCGGCCAAGCAGAUUUUCUAUAACAUUGCCAGGCCAGGGAGGAAGUAUCUGAUGCUCAGGGAUUUUUUAUACUUCUUGCCCGAGGACAAAGCGAGUCGAGCUUUUGCUCUCUUCGAGGCAACUGAAAGUGGGACAAUUACCAAGAAGGCUUUCGUGAAGUGGGUGGUAAAUGUUUACAAGGAGCGGCGGGCCCUUGCUCUGACCUUGAACGACAACAAAACGGUUGUCGCCAAGCUUCACAGAGUUCUAAAUGCGGUACUCGGCAUCGGUCUCAUCAUUGUGUCGCUCCUCAUCCUGGGUGUUGAAACCGCCAAGUUGCUGGUCUUCUUUUCCUCGAUAUUUAUUCCCUGCGUUUUUAUAUUCGGCAAUGCGGCACGGACGACGUUUGAGGCACUUCUUUUCCUCUUUAUUCUCCAUCCGUAUGACGUUGGCGACCGGGUGAGCGUUGACGGGACGAUGAUGCUGGUAGAGGAAAUGAACGUCCUCAACACUGUUUUCCUCGGUCCUACGAACGAGAAAAUAUACUACCCGAACGUCAUCCUGGGGACCAAGUAUAUCACAAACUACUACAGGAGCCCCGACCAGUGGGACGGAAUCGAGUUCCAAAUACACAUGAACACGCCGCUGGAGAAGCUGGGCGCGCUCAAGGAGAGAAUGCAGAGAUACGUGGACAGCCAGCCGCAGUUUUGGUACCCGGACUUCGGCCUCAUGUGUAAGGACAUUGACGAUUGCAACAAGAUGAAGAUGGGAUACUACUUCCAGCACCACCUCAACUAUCACGAGGCCGGCGAGCGAUUCAAGCGCCGGAGCAAUAUGCUGCUCUACAUGAAGCAGCAGCUGGAAGAUCUGGAGAUAAGUUACCAGCUUCCAUCGCAGGAAGUCAUCGUGACUGGGAUCCCAGCGUUUGCGUUCCCCCAGCCACCACAAUCAGGUACAGUGUCGCCCGCUAAGCUAUCCCCGAGCAAACUGGCACCGUAUAGCUUCGCAAAGUAGUCGUUCUUUCCUUCUAGAGAAAUAAACCAUCUUCCAUAGUGAGAUCUGGGCCGUUGUCGAGCCGACGGCUGCGAUGCGCCCAUCUGGCCCGUCGAGAUUCCAACGGGUCAGAUCCGCCUAGUAAAGUAGAAUAUCAAGCAAUAUGGGUUGAAGCGA